CAGGAGCAGGAGGUCCGCCAGCGGGAAACCCAGGCGGUGGCAAGCCUCCGGGAGGAGGGAACGCGUGCUGUCCCGGCGCAGGCAUGCCGGGGAAGUUUGGCGGGGGGAGACCAGAUGCGCCGGGAGCACCCGGAGGAGGGAAGGGAAGGCCGCCAGGAGGAGGAAAUGGGAGGCCGUUGGGAGGCAUCGGGGGCAUUCCGUUGGGGCCGGGAGGGAAAGGAGGCAUGCCGCGACCACCAGGGGGAGCUGUAAGUCUGGGUAGUUAGAAAUUGACGUGGCGAGAGGUUUUUGAAUAUCAAGGGGGGUUGAACGUACGCGGGAGACCUUGAGGGAACUGUCCGAGGGGAGCUCCAGGCAGGCCUGGGAAGGGCGGAGGGACACCUAGGAAUCAAGCAGCGUUAGCUUCUAUUGCGCAUCAUAGACUCCUCAGCCACAUCUUUAUAGAUUCGGAGUAGAGCGGCGAAGAAAGAGAAUCCAAGGGGAGAGGAUAGGAUUGCCAUCGCAUAGCUUACCGCCGGGGAACCCAAACGGCGGGAAUGCGUGGCCGGGCUGGUUCUGGAGAAGCAUCGGGUUCGCGUGGGCCUGGCCCUCGGCGGCGUAGGAAGAGGUGAUGGAGUCGAUGACGGACUGGGCCUUUUCGUGGCCGAUUUCUAGACGAGGAUGAAGGGUUAGUCGGCGGCGAGAAGAAAGGAGGGAGGACGGUGACGGUUGAACGAACGCUGAUAGUAGUCUACGACGUUGCGCAGGUGGUUUCGGCCGCUGUUGUGUGCCUUGCGCACUGACAUGGAGUCGUGCGUGAGGUAGACAUCGCAGUAAUCGCCUUUGAAGCCGUGGUUAGUUAGAAACAGGUGAGGUGACAUGAGCCUGAGCGCGUCGGUUUCGGCAGCUUACAGAAGACUAUAUGAUCAGAUUACGUUAGUUUCGGGUCAAUCAACUGGGGGCGAGGGAUGCGUUGGCGCUCACAUUUGGGCAUGGUGGCUAGAUUUCGCAAACAAGAACAAGAUAUGUCAAGAAACGGUUGAAGAGUGAUGGCUCUUUGUAUCAACAGAAACAGGCGUUGGCGCCGAGGCUGCGACAUCCAAAAAGUCGACGAGGCUGCUGCCGCCCCACACGUGAUGCCAAACCAAAUGGCCUCCUCUGAUUGGCCCCCCUCGCCCCCUCCCCCUGUCAGUGCACCAAGUCAAGCCACACCACCAGCAGCUCUGGCCGAACGCGACACCUUUACCUUUUUGCGGGCUUGGCUUAUACUUUUAGAACACAUGCUUGUUCUGUCCCCCCAAUUCCGCCCUCUGAUUGGACUCGACGACUGAAAUUCUAUUUCCCCAUCCCCAAAAGCGAAUAUCGAAUUUCAAAUUACAAAAAGGAAAAUAAAAAAAACCCGGCCAAUGGCGCUCAAGGCCCUCUCGCCCAUGCGCUGGCUCAGCGGCCUGCUGCUGCUCGUCAGCGCCGCCAACGCCCUCAAGUUCGACCUGCUCGCCCACCCCGGCGGCGAGAGCCUCAAGAAGGAGAGAUGCAUCCGCAACUUUGUGGGCAGCGACACGCUGGUGGUGGUGACGUCGACGGUGGACGGCUACAAGGGAGACGGCAUGCUGGUCAACAUUCAUGUUCGUGAUGCCAUUGGCAACGAAUACGGCCGAGCCAAGGACGUUGCGGGCGAGUCCCGAAUCGUCUUCACCUCCCACGCCGACGCCGCCUUUGACGUCUGCUUCGAGAACCUCUUCAGUGGCAACACCAAACCCCGACAGAACCUCCGCGUCGUCGAGCUCGACAUCGACAUUGGCGCCGACGCAAAGGACUGGUCCGCCAUCCAGGCCACCGAGAAGCUCAAGCCCGUCGAGGCCGAGCUGCGCCGCAUCGAGGAGCUGACCGGCGAGAUUGUCCGCGAGAUGGAGUUCCUCCGCUCGCGCGAGCAGAAGCUGCGCGACACAAACGAGAGCACAAACAACCGCGUCAAGUGGUUCGGCGUCGGCACCACCUGGCUGCUGGUCAUCCUGUGGGCGUGGCAGAUUAUGUACCUGAGGGCGUACUUCCGCUCAAAGCACUUGAUCUAGGGCGGGUCAUGCAUCGAAACAAGCUUUGGUGGGGGGUUUUAGACGAAGGGGGGAAAAGAAGCAGUAAGAAGAGAAAUGGAAGGGGGGGCUUUUAUUGCGAGACAAACGCUUUGGAGCGUCGUUAUUACACGGCUUGCCUCUAUGUGGCGUAUAGGAAUCAAACAUGGGAGAAAAGGGGGUACAUGAGGAUGGUGGUAGGCGCUAGCGUUUGCAAUAUCAUGAUAUAUGAACCAUCGAGAUGAAGAUUUGUUUAAAAAAAAAACACAAGGGAAAAAGAGGGGAACCUGUUUUUUUUUUUCCAAUUUAAUAAAGAAAAAUUUAAAUUC